UUCAACUGAGUAGACAUAAACACAUAAUUAAAAUCUAAAGAUUUAGUUUUCUUUAACAGCAUAUGCGCCGUCAGGGCUGAGUUGGCAGUGUUUAUGAGACACGCGCACAUUGUGGCAAACGGAGAGAAUUGACCGCUCAUCUGGGAAGACGACGAAAGUAACUAAAGGCUCACUCAGCCACAGGUAGCUCUUUCAGCUCUGAAUAUCAAAGUACAGGUCAUGCGGGUGUCUCCGGACGGGGAGAGAACUGUGACCCUGUGCUGUUGCUGCUGCUAGUUUCGGCCCGUGGACUGAUCGCUUUUGCCGCGAGCUGAGCUGGAACGACGGAAUAAACAUGUCCCGAAGAAAACAGAGCAAACCCCGCCAGAUCAAGCGCUCUAUUGGGGAUCUUAAUGGGGGUGAAGAUCUAUCUGAUGAUGUCAGCAUGUCAGGAGAGGAGGGCGGAGCUUCGGACCAGGAUGACUCUGCCGAGUGUGACGGUUCAAGUCCACCUUCAUUCACACCACUUUUUAACGAAGAACCAAGAACGCACGAGUCCCUGGCAUGGCAGGACGAGGCUGAGGAAGAUGAGAAAGGACUGAAUCGAUGUUCUGAACAUGAGGAGAAGGAAAAUGGAGAACGGGAAGGGGAAUCCCAGUGGAACGGCCCAGAUAAUCUGAUGCUGAGCGGAGGUGUUGAUGACUUCAAGGUCCUGGCCCUCAGGGACCUGUCGGCUGACACUGUGUGGGGUCCGUUUUCUGGCAGCAUCCAAUUAGAGGAGUCCAACGAUAGACAUGCCAGUGAGAGCCCCCUAAUGUCUCUUGAAUGUGAAGAAGCAGACUGCUGGCUCACAAAGGUUCCUGUGACUUCUUGUGCCACAGACUCAAACUGCACCAUCUACAGUCAAGGAGCAGCGUUAUUCUGUAAGCUCAAACAGGAGUUGUCUGUUGGAGAUUCACUUCUGGCAACACUGUCCUCCUCCACCAUGGAUCAGUCGAUGGAGACUCAGAUCCCCAGUGUGCUUGUGAAGGAGGAGCCUGCAUACACCGCUGCUCUGCACUCCGAGAUCCAGCUCCUCCCACAACAGGCUGGCAUGGCUGCCAUCUUAGCAACUGCUGUCGUUAAUAAAGACAUUUUCCCAUGCAAAGACUGUGGGAUCUGGUACAGAAGUGAGCGAAAUCUCCAAGCCCAUCUUAUGUACUACUGUGCAAGCCGACAGAAGCAGCAGACCCCAGCCUCUCCUCCACAGGACAAGCCCAAAGACUUGUACCCAAACGAGAGGCUCUGUCCCUUCCCACAUUGCAGCAAAAGCUGCCCCAGUGCAAGCUCUCUGGAGAUCCACAUGAGAACACAUAGUGGAGAGCGUCCAUUUGUGUGUUUGAUUUGCCUGUCAGCUUUCACCACCAAGGCAAACUGUGAGCGACAUUUAAAAGUGCACACAGACUCACUCAAUGGUGUGUGUCAUGGCUGUGGAUUCAUCUCCACAACAAAAGACAUCCUGUACAGCCACCUGGUCACCAGCCACAUGGUUUGCCAACCUGGCUCUCGCAGUGAAGUGUACUCACCCAAACUUGCUCUGGCUACAGGCUUGAGUCCAGGAGACUCUGGCAUUGUUCUGAAAUGUCAGGUGUGUGGCUACUCUGCAGAUACAUCUGCCCUACUCCAGCAGCAUGUCCACACACACCUGCAAGUGAGGGUACCAGCAGAGAGGAGCCCUACACCUCGACAGAGCAGUCCUUCAUCCACAGAGCUCCCGGAAAUGGAAGACAGAGAGCCUGCUGCCUGUGUGCCCAGACCUGACUCUUCCAGUCCUGGUGCCAAUGGCAGCUCAGCCACCUCUCAUGGCUGCAGUCCCCCUACCCCACUAAACAUCAAAGAGGAGCCAUGCUCAGACUAUGAAAAUGACUCCAAGGAAGUUAAAAGUGUGUGUAGCCCUCAAGGAAAUGCAGUGGAGGCAAGCUCAUCACAGUCCACUUCACCUAAAAGCCCAUUGGCGGUGGCAGUUAAGGCAGAGCCGACCAGUCCCACCCCAGGUUCCAGCCCUGUACACCCAGGAACAGGGGGUUCGGUUCUUCCUGGAGGUGCUUUGUUCUUGCCGCAGUACAUGUUCAAUUCUGAGGCAGCCAUAAUGCCGCAAGCAUCUGAAAUCCUAGCUAAGAUGUCGGAGAUGGUUCACACUAGGCUUAAACAGGGACAGGGACCAGCAGCUGGACAGCAGGGCUUCUACCCGCCUGGUUCGCCUGCCAGUGUUCCCAAGGGAGCAUCUUGCUUAGAAUGUGACAUUACCUUCAAUAACAUCAACAACUUCUAUGUUCAUAAAAGGCUUUACUGCUCUAGCAGGCAUCAGCAAGGCGAGGCAGUAGGCCUGUUGAAGGAAGGGGCAACUGCUGCAGCUGCACCCCCCGUUGCCAAUGCUGCUUCGCCAAAAGUCAGGCCAGUAAGCCGUGCAGCCUCUGCCUCUCCUAACUAUUCCGAUCCCGCAACAGGAAGCACAGCCUUAGAGCCCAAGUUAGUGGAAGUAAAAAGUGAGGAUCCAGGGCUGAAGGAUACCACUUGCUCCUCUUCCUCAGAGGGCGAGGGGGCUGGGGGAGGACAAGCCAGUGAGGGUAGCCAGAGUCCUAGUGGUUCUGCUGAAGAAACAGAUGAUGAUCCCACUCGUACCUUCUGCCAGGCCUGCAACAUCCGCUUCAGCCGUCACGAUAACUACAUUGUGCACAAGCAGUUCUACUGUGCUUCGAGACAUGACCCCACAAACCAGCGCCCUCAUUCUGGCAAGGCCACCUUCUUGCCCCAACCUAUCCGCACUCGCAAGCGCAAGAAAAUGUAUGAGAUCCACAUGGCUCAAAGUGAGGCUCUUGCUAAUGCUACCGCUUUAACAUCAGCAACAAGUCAGGGUGUGAAGCAGGAGGGCACUGGUGGCCUUUCCGUUCCUUCGCUGUCCCAGGUGUCCACUCAAACACAUGGCACCAGUCCUGAAGGCGAUGGCCCCAUUGACUUAAGCAAAAAACCACGACUGAGAGAGAACCAGAGAGGAAGCAGCAUUGCCGCUCUGCCCCUCACCGACUACCACAAGUGCACUGCCUGCAGCAUUAGCUUCAACAGCAUUGAGAACUACUUGGCCCACAAGACAUACUACUGCCCUGCAACUACCCUGCAGCCCCAUACGCUGGAACAUCUGAACCGGCUGAAGAGACCUGCAUCCACUUCCCCCAAGAACCGAGCCACUGACCUGCACCCUGAUACAAAGGGGCUUCAGACUGGUAAAACUGCAGCAGUUGUACACUCUUCUGCCUUACCAGGCCCAGAGUCAAACCCUCCAAACUCUGCACUUGGAGCAAAGACCCCAAGCACCUCCCCAGUGGUGUGUCCCUACUGUCCUCCCAAUAGACUGCUUACUUGUGGUCUGAUGGAGCAUUUCAAAACAUUUCAUGGUCUCGUGCUCGCACUAAAGCAACAUCCUGAGACACAGUCAGCUGGAGUCAGUCCCAGUCCUAGCCUUAGCCCACGUGAUGGAGCCUCACUCACCCCUCCUAAACCGAGCCCCUAUCCACGUAGGGACACUGUCAAUGGCCAGAGUAUCAAGUUGGAAGCAACCUCUCCAUCCUCACCUGUGCUCAAUGGAAGCCCACUAGAACCCCAGUCUGUAGGGACUGGUUCUCCAAAAACUGCACCCCCUGCCAUCUCCCCCACAGGAGUCUCUCUAACUGUGUCACCUGUGCCUGAAGCAGUAAGAGAGGUGCGGCAGAUAGGCCACACCCCCAUGCCAUUACCCCUCCCUGAAAAAGUGGCCCUUGCUCUAAGCCAUGCCCACCCAGCUCCAGCCAUGCCCAAAACUCCCCUCGCCUCUCCUUUGCAGAAUGGGAACAUGCGCUAUUGCCGACUGUGCAACAUAAAAUUUAGCAGCCUCUCCACCUUCAUUGCACACAAAAAAUACUACUGUUCCUCCCACAGUGCUGAACAUGUCAAGUGAACCCUUUACCUAAUAAAUUCUGCCAUAUCUCUCAUGCAUAGAUGUGCUAACCACGGCACUGCCCGACCUGAUCUGGACAGAGUAUGUUAGCGGGACUGUUACUAGCCAGACACAGAGGGUCUCCAUGGCGACCCCAUUGUUUCUGGUGUUGUUACUAUGGUAACUUAUUACAUGUUAUGGGUCAAGUUUUUAUUACACUAAGAGAUGAGACUACCUGCACAUACAAUGUGCCCAACUGACCUAUUCCCAUAUCCCUGCAAAGUUGUCCUUUCACCACUGAGUUUUACAAUGCAUAUGAUGGAACCUAAUUAUUUAGCAUUUUUCCUUUAAUUAGCUUUAAAAAUGCUGUUUAAAUCACACCUAUGUGUUUGACGUUUAAUCAUCAAUGGGAUUGUAUAUUGGUAAAAGUUUGUUCACCUGAGAUAUUCUGUUUUAAAUCACUGAUUUGGGGUACAAACGCAGAGAUCGCUGUAAACCUGACCUGUGUAACCUGAAUUUUUGUUUUUUGUUUUUUGUUAAUACACUGACUAAAAAGGAAGCAAGAGUAAAAAGAAAAAAAACCAGUUGAAAAAUGGUAUCACCAGGUUACCAGUUCAAGAUAAAAGAUUUAAAAUGAUAAAUCUUUGAAGCUAUUUAUCAUUUGAGUCCUCAUGCCUUUCAUGUCUAAGAAAACUACCUAGUGUCUUUAUAAAGAAUACAUUUUAUUUAAGUUUUUCAUACUGUCAAAAAGAACCAUUUCAAACUUAGUGUGAUGUAUUUUCUUGGUUCUUGAAUAUGAAAAUGUGUCAUAUGUGACUUAUUGCAUUGAUGAUUUGGACAUAAAUCUAUAAGUAUAGUUCGGGUAAAAGAAGAGAGCAGGCACUGUCUUAUCAGAUGGCUCUUUUUAAAGGACUGUCAUAGGGCUUUAGGGCCUGGAAUGGAUUAUGAACAGUAAGAAGUUUGUUUCUUUGGUCAUCAGCUCACUCAGUCUCUGCUCCUAACACAAAACAUUCACUCACUACCACAAAUUCUUUGACCUGCUGAAAACGUGCCAUCUGUAAGAUACUCCACACAAACUUCACAGUCAUGGACAUGCGUAGGAAGGCAUGUUUGUUUGGCUCUUUUUAUUUCUCCUUCUUUAAACCUGGAAAUGAAGUAUAGCAUUGAAAUGAUGAUGUAUAGCACACUGUUGAGUGAUGUUGAAUGCCACUAAAGCAGAUAAUUUAAAACUGACUCAUUCAUUUGCACUGCUCCUCAAGGUUAUACUGGCAACCCAGUGGCCCUCUUGUCCUUCUCUUUCACUUGAUUUUUCACUCGCUUUCAAUAUUGCCUUCUCUGACUCAGUGAUGUUUUAUUUUCCUCCGUACGUGUUUGUGUUGAAAAGAACAGCGUCAUGCAAUCUGUCCUCCUUAGCAGGCUACCUUGGCAAAGCCUUAACAAAGACUUUCAGUAUAUCAAUAUGUCUGAAACAGCGGGUCACUUACUUCUACAGUACUCCUCACUCUCCCCUGCCUAGUGGACUUUGUACAUGUUACCAGUGGAAUUUCCUCAUUUCCUGUGUUACAAAAAGCCUCAGUCGUCUCUGUGAUAAGAACAGGAACACAAAAAACUGUGCAAAUGAGAACAGUUUAAAAUUCUCUCUGCUGUAUUGGGUUUAAAACGGAGCUGCACCCAUCGUAAAUUCUAACGUUUACAAUUGGUUUAUCAUUUUGCGACUGUCAAAAGUCCAAAAGAUCAGUGCUGAUACCCCUAUUUUGACCUUUCCAGAUCUCUUUUCUAUUGGUCUGUGUUGUACAAAAAAUUCUGAAUGUUUUAGAUUUAGGAGCUUUUUUGUAAUGUAUUUAUGUUUUUACAGCACUUUUCCUUGUCCAAACCUAUCUCCGAAGGACUUACUCAUGAACUUAAAGCAUUCUAACACAAGUGAAAGUUAAUUAAAAACUUUGUGAAUAAUUAAAAAUGUUGAUGGAAAAAUAAUGAAUGUCAAACUUUUUUAGUUUUUUUUUCCCCUUCAGCUACAAAACGUUCCACUACACACCUGUCCAAACUAUGCAUGGGAAAUAAAGAGUCCAGAAGGACAUUCAAAGUGCAAGAGAACUUGUCGUACUCUUCUAUCUCAUUGUUUUUAAACUUUAAU